AUGGUGUCUACUGGUGUGGGAAGCAAAAUCAAGAGCGCAAUCGGUCUACAAGAGCCGCCAACCAACCCUCUGAAUGGGAAGGCCUCGGAAAUUGCAACACACCAUGAGCCAGAUCCAACAGUGUCCGAUUGGUUGAAGGAAGUGAUUCCUUCAUGGUCUCAGGCGCGGUCGUACUUUGUACGGCUGUUUCCUUUCCUGGGAUGGAUUAUGCACUACAACAAGAAAUGGUUUCUCGGUGAUUUGGUUGCCGGUACGUAG